AAAUAUCCGAGCAGCACUUGAACGCAGCACAGCGUCUGAUUCCAGCAAGGGGAGCUGACUGCUGAUCUCGCUGCUGUGUCAAGUGACAGCAAACAUCAUGGAGAGCCCUAACGAGGCGGCUGACGACGCACGACGCACCUUCUCCCAGGUGCUGUUCAUGGACAUCCCUCAGUCAUACCCACCUUCAACCUCCAUCACCUGCUGCUUCAACCUCACUGCCUCCUUCCAGCCAAACCCAAGGGACUGGGUUGGUGUUUUUAAGGUCGGGUGGAGCACUACAAAAGACUAUCAUACCUUCGUGUGGGUGGAGCCUUGCCUGGAUGUGGUCGGGCAGCAGGUGACGAGGCAAGCUUUUUUCAAAGAUUACUACCUGCCCAAAGAUGAGAUCGAGUUCUACCAGUUCUGUUACGUGGACAGUACUGGCCAAGUGCGAGGAGCCAGCACGCCGUUCUGUUUCAGAAACCCGGUGGAGGCGAGCCUGGAGAGCAGCCCAGAGGAAGACCUCCUGGUUAUUACAACACAGGAGCAGGUCGAUCAGAGCGUACGGGAGAAAGCCGAGCUGCAGAGAGAGCUGGAUCAGACCAUGGCGGAAAAUAAAACCUUAAAAAAUGCUCUGCAGCAGGAACAGCAAGACGCCGCCAACCUGAAGGAGCAGAAUGAAGAGAAAGAGAAAGAAAAGGACCGCCUGGUCAGAGAGCUGGAUCACAUGAAGGAGCAGAACGAGAACUUGAACAGCGUCGUGCAGCAGCAGCAGAAGGAAACAGAGCAGCUGAAGGAGGAGGUGUUGACCCUGAUGACCAAGCAGAUGCAGCUACACAAUGAAGCCGAGCAGACUAAACAGAGUCAAAGCUUGGAUGAAGUAUCCAUUCAGAAAGAGAAACACACUCAGGAGAAAUACGACCGCGCUGUGCUGAAGAUCAACCAGAUGAAAGCGGAGCGUGAGGAGCUGAAGGAGAAGGUUGAGUCUCAAAGUACGGAGGUCACAACGCUGAACAUCAAACUCAGAGAACAAGAGAGGGAGCUGUUAAAAAUGAAAGACAGUAUCCAGCUUCUUCAGGUGGAUCUUCAGAGCAGUGAGAAAGAGAAGGAGCAUCUCUCUGUGGAGCUGCAGAAGCUGCAAACUCACUCCCACAACGUGGACGGCCUGACGAGAGAGAACCAGGAGUUAACCAGGAGACUGUCACAUCUGGAGACCCUGAACUGUUCAGAUGACAAACUCAGGGCAGAGUAUGAGACUCUUGCUGGGAAGCUACGGGACGCUCAGGCGAAGCUAGCGGCUGAGAAGGAAGAGUCCAAAUCUGCAAAGAGACAGGCAGAGUUUCUGGACCGAGAGCUGCAGGACACCAAGGAGCAGCUGACAAAAGUGAUGCGUUUACAUGACAAGGCUCAGCGGACGACUGGCAAACAAGAGCUGAAUCUCAGUGAGGCGCAUGAACUCCUCGCUGAUAAGGAAAGCAUCAUCGAGGAGAAGGAAGACAUGAUCCGGCUCGAGAGACAUGAGAAAGAAGAGCUGGUCAGAGAAAACCAGAGUCUCAACAGAGACAUCGAGGGGCUCCGCAGACUUAACGCUGACCUCCAAGCAGCUUCCUCUGUCAACCUACCGCACAUUGAGCCUGACUCUGCACCCCUACCCCGCUCUGAUUCAAACACACCUGAGUGGCAACAGCUGGAGAUACCUGAGCAAGAGGAGCAGCUGUGUGAGACCAUAGAGGGCAUAGCAGACCCAGAAGAAGAGCAGUCGCUGGUGUGUCGACACUGCCAGGAGAGAUUCCCUGGAAUAACCCCAGAGGAACUGGAGCAGCACGAGCAGUGUCACAGAGUUUGUCCGUUCUGCACGAUGAUCUGUGACAACAUGGAGCAGUCUGUGUUUGAGGAUCACGUCUACGGUCACGAGCUGUGAGGGGGGAAAAACACGGGGUCAGACGCGGCCUGCUGGGUGACGUGUACAUGUCAGGAAGGAAAAUAUUGUCUUACAUGCUCAUACUUUUUGUUUUACAUAAUCUUUACAUGACUUAUGAACACUUUCCAAAGCAUACUGAAGCUUCUGUUCAGUCUUUACCUUCAACACAGCCGUCAGAGUCCGCUAGGGGUCCAGUGUGCGGGAAGACUCAGCUGGCAGAGACCUGAAACCAUCCAGGGUUACGCAAUCCAUCACAGUGAACAUGAUGUCCUCGUUUAUUUUGGUCUCAUGUUAUCAUACCAUUGAACGGGAUUACAUUUGAUUUGUUUUAGAAGGUCUCAGGCGGAUGAACACAUAACUGAGAUGGUAUCAUUUGACGUGUUUACAUUCUUGAACCCAGGGCUUUAAGCGGAAAGAGAACAAGUGCUAGUACUCCUUAAAUGAGGAGUGUCGUGCUCUAAAUUUCUACAAGAAGAUAAGAUAAGGUAAUGCUGAUUUCCACAGCAUCACAGCGCUCCUGUCUAAUCAUUAUCCUCGUUUAUCCAGCUCUGUAGAGACUUGCUGACGAAAACAAACAAGUGAGCAUCAUGUAACGCCUGCAGAAGGAUGUGAGCAUCACUUAUAGCGCCAUGGAGAAUGCAUUUUAGAUGCUGUUAUGAAUCGCCAACAUGGAGAAGACAGUUAAAGGUACUGGUCCCCUAAGGGAUCUUGCUUGUACCUCAAUAAGAGACCUUUAGUGUUCAAAAAGAGGCUGAAGUUUUCAGUAUCCUAAAGUCUGCAGUCACAUUCAAAUAUCAGCGAGUUUUUCUUUAUUCUGUCACACUCUUUGUUUACUAAAUGGCCGGCAGCAGUUUACUUCCUCAUAUCUCCCUCACACAUGGAAGUCAAAUGAACAUUCAAGUAGUUGAUUCUUGUCUGUGACACGUUGUGGCCUGAAAGAAGUCAGGUUGAGCAGAGCCUUUAGUUUUGAAAAAAGACGGAUUUUGAUUGCAGUUUUGAGUUUACUUGAAAGGUUCAGAUCGUCACACACUGCGUCUGCCCAGGCAGAGAACACCCCCCCACAUCCGAAAUGCUACAUCCCUCUGUCCUCCCUGACAAAGUAAAGUUAAAUCAGUGAAACAAUGAAGACUCUAACCUCAGUCGAUCAUGAGCAAAAACAGCACAUCAGGCAUCACCAAAACCUUAACCAGUUAUAUCACAAUGUGCACAAAAACAUCACACUGGUGGCGUCCCUAGUUACUGGCAUUACCUGUGGACAGACCAUAGACUGUAUAAAUAAUGGAUGUAGUGUCCGUGACAUCACCCAUGUGUUCCUGAGUGCUGUUUUGAAGCCGGUCAGCUUCAUAUGAAUGGGUGUGUAUGUGGUUUCUGCUAUUUAUACAGUCUAUGGGUUUCUGGUGUUUCUGCAGCCAGCCUCUAGUGGAUGCUCGAUGAACUGCAGUUUUUAGCACUUGUGCAUGGGCUUCAUAUUUUGAGACUGGAAGUUGCCGCUUGGGACAGACAGACACAUGCAAGGGUACGAACACUUGAUCCCCUGCCCCUCGCUGAGACAACAAACAAGAUAAUGAAUCAGAGUGGAUUCUGAGCGUCAGCUGCUGCCUGGAUAUUUUAGACACAAUUCAUUCAGUGCUAAAAAAAGGACUAAUGUUACCGAGCCUUACAUAUUAGCCUCUUAGAGCCUUUGAACAAACGUUCAUUACAAUGACGGCCUGUAAAAACAGGAGGCGGAAUAUCGAAACCUUUGGUAUGCUUUGGAAACUAACAGCUGCGAGGUAAACAGGAUUUGUAAUUAAUGUAGUUAAAGAAGUUCUAACGAUGUUACGGCCCUCUGGUUGAUUUAAUUAUAAGUUAGACUCACUUUAAUUGUGUAAAACCUACAUUUGAUUCACAGAGUGGCCUUACAUUAAAAAAUAUCCACUGUAACCAAACAAGCCAAUCAAAAUGUUUGUUUACCUGAUUUUCUGAUGAUUAAAUGUUGUAUAUGAGGAGAUAUGUUGUUGAUCAAGUGAGUAGUGAGAUUGUUCAAGUUAUCUGAAUGAAUCAGUGUAAAAGUGAUUGUGGUAAAUAAACAGAAAAACUGAGA